AUGGUGUCUCCCAAUUCGCUCAACCACACUGAUUCCAAAAGCGUCUGCUGCUCCGUAUUUCUGCCCAACUUCGAAGUUACAGUAGUCAGCACAGCUUUGGUCGACAUUUCAAAUAAUCUCCGAGCGUUUAGUCGAACGGGGUGGGUCAUGGUCGCAUAUCUUACCACCUAUACUGGAUUGAUCAUUAUAUGGGCAAAGCUCAGCGACAUCAUUGGACGAAAAGUGGCACUAACAGCUUCUCUCGUUGCUUUCACGGCGUUUUCUGCAGGAUGUGGAGCUGCACAGACGAUUACGCAAUUAAUCGUAUUGCGAGCCUUCCAAGGUUUCGGAGGUGCUGGAUGCUUCUCCGUAGCUUCCGUUAUCGUCUUCGAAAUGGUUCCUACACAAAAGUAUCCAUUCUAUGGGAGUAUUGUUUCUGCCGUUGUUGCAUUGGCAACGUUACUUGGCCCCAUAAUAGGCGGCUUGAUAACUGAGAACUGUUCCUGGCGCUGGGUGUUUCUCAUUAAUGUCCCAAUCGGCGUGACAACCAUCAUCAUUCUCUUGAUUACGCUCCCAAAUAGCUUCCCGUGUCACAGCCGAAAGACUGCGCCAAUGGCCUUGCAAAACUCGUCCUUACCGAAUCUUCGACGAAUGGACUUUCUAGGAGCGUUUUUAUUUACCGGCGCCUCCUUCACCUUCGUAACAUCUCUCCUUGAAAGCUCGACCAAGUAUUCAUGGUCAUCAGCGCCGACCAUUGUGCUGCUAGUCAUUUCUGUAGCUCUCGCUAUAUCGUUCAUUUCGUGGGAGAGGUAUAUUACGCUUGGGUCAAAUAUGCCGGAACCAAUUUUUCCAUGGCGCUUCGUGUAUAACAGGGCUUGGAUGGGCAUGCUGCUAGUGUCAUUACUUCUCGGCAUUCCUUUCUGUGUCCUCGUUGUCACCAUCCCACAGAAACUGCAAACAAUCUCCGACAUGUCACCUCUCCAAUCCGGUCUUCGGCUCCUUCCAUACGCGCUCUUCGCUCCUUUUGGCGCAGUGUUCGCAAAUGGGUUCAUAUCACGCCAGAAAAACUGUGUACCCGUGUAUUUCGUUAUUGCAGGGGCUUGUUUCCAGUUAAUCGGACUCUCUUUAUUCUGCAUCUACGGUACUGGAAAAGAAGUUUCUGGAGCACAAUACGGGUGCCAGAUUCUCGCCGGUUUAGGACUUGGUAUGAUGUUUGGGACAUUGGUUGUUAUGACGCCGUUAAGUGUUGAUCUGCAAGAUCUAGCAACGGCGACAGGUGCAAUCAUGCAGUUCCGCCAAUUUGGCAGUACUAUUGGUCUUUCAGUGGCUACUAGUCUCAUGAAUGCGAAGCUUAAAUCGGAACUUCCUUCGAUCUUGAAACCAGUGCAGCUAGAGGCACUAUUGCAGUCCACGACGGCGAUUCAUCAGUUCCCUCGCGAAGUGAAACUUGUCGUGGAGGAGGUUUUCGUUGAAGGCUAUCGCUUACAGAUGGAAGUUAUCAUAGCAUUUGCUGGGGCAUGUGUGCUUGUGGCUCUGAUUAUUUUUAAGAAGAAACAAAUCAAGGCGCCAGGUUGA